AUGUCGAAACCAAGUGCAAUUCACGAUGAAGACCCACAAGCUAUGAAGGAUGGCCAAGCAGUCGAUCCACCUCACAUAUCCUUGACUGAGAAGGAGAACAAGCGCAUCUGUCACAAGACCGACCGUACCAUCUUGCUUGUUCUGAUGUGGGUCUACUUCUUACAGAUCCUGGACAAGACUGUUCUUGGAUAUGGAGCCACAUAUGGUAUGGUGACCGACACAGGGUUGACUGGAAAUGAAUACUCGCUGGUUGGCUCCAUUGGCCCAAUCGCUCAACUAUGCUGGCAGCCAUUCUCAUCCUACCUCAUCGUCAAAGUCCCUCCCAAGAUCCUCAUGCCAACGCUCUGCCUUGGCUGGGGUAUUGCCCAGGCCUGCAUGGCCGCUUGCCACAAUUUCAGCGAGCUGAUGGCUGCUCGCUUCUUCCUCGGGCUUUUCGAGGCAGGAUGCUUGCCACUAUUCGGUAUCAUUACUAGCCAGUGGUAUCUUCGAUCGGAACAACCGAUCCGCAUUGCAGCGUGGUACAGCACUAAUGGAAUUGCGACCAUUGUGGCGGCUGGACUGUCGUACGGUCUCGCGCACAUCAACUCCGACAUUCUGGCAUCAUGGCAAAUCAUCUUCCUCUUUGUAGGUCUGGUCACUAUUGUCUCCGCCCCAAUCGUCUACUGGCGCCUAGACAACGACGUCAGCACCGCUCGAUUCCUGAACGAAACCGAGAAACUCCAGGGCAUGGAGCGACUCCGCGCCAAUCAAACUGGCACCGGAAGCACGGAAUUUAAGCUCAGUCACGUCUACGAAGCUGUCCUCGAGCCGAAAACGUACUUCUGGAUCGCUAUGGCAAUGCUGCUCAAUAUCGGUGCCAGCGUGACCAACACAUUCGGACCCUUGAUUCUAGGCGGCCUGGGAUACGGAAAAUAUCGCACCAGCCUCUUAACAAUGCCGUUCGGUGCCAUGCAAUUCGUCGUUAUUCUUAUUGCAAGUUUCCUAGCUCAAAAAGCUCGCAUUAAAGGCGCUAUCCUAGCAGUUUUCAUGCUUCCUGUGGUCGCUGGUCUGGCCAUUCUAUAUGCCAUCCCUCGAACGAAUGCAAACCAAGGCGCUCUCCUUGCAGGCUACUACUUACUUGCAUUCUUGUUCGGUGGAAACCCCUUGAUUGUGACCUGGAUUGUCGGUAACACGGCAGGUAGCACUAAGAAGUCAGUUGCCAUGAGUCUGUUCAAUGCGGCAACAUCAGCCGGCAAUAUUGUGGGUCCUUUGCUGUUCAACUCGAAGGAUGCGCCUUCUUAUCACCCUGGCUUGCAAGCUUGUUUGGGCAUUUUCUCCGCCCUGGUGGGCGUUGUCCUUAUUCAGUGGGGUAAUCUUUGGUUCCUCAAUAAGCAACAAGCUCGUCGUCGUGUUCGGAACGGGAAGAGCGCUAUCAUUGUCGAUCAUUCGAUGCAAUCGCACUUCCGUGGUGUUGAGGAAGGUGAUAUGGAUGGAGUCACUCACGCUGGCGGCACACAGGUGGCUCAGGACAUGACCGAUAGGGAGAAUGAUGAGUUUGUUUAUAUUUAUUAG